GUCUAAUCGUGAGAUCGGUGUGUUACUUUUAAUGUCUUUUUGUGUCUUUUAUCAAUUAUUUUCAAUGUUAUCAUAAUUUCGCGUAAAUAGAAAGUACGAUACUCUAUUUCUCAUUUCAUGCUAUUUUUUGGUUGUUUUUUUUUUAAAGUACAGUUAUUUGGUUAAACAUUUUAUGAUUUUUGAUCCAUUAACCAUUGAUGUACUGGUGCUUUGUGUGAAUUUAUUUAUGUGAAAUCAACAGCAAAGAAAAAUAAACUGCAACAACUUCGUUCUCCAUUAGGACAGUGAAGUAGUGAAAUGAAUUAUCAGACAAAUAUAUGAUUGUCGUUUCGCUUUUAUAUUAUGCAAGUACAAAGUCGUAGGUAAAGUGUUUACAGGUUAUUUAUGGGAAGUGAGUAUUCAAGAACUAGAAUAAUGGAUGAAGAAGAUGUAAGAUCACGCUCUGGAUCAGAAGACGACAGUGAUCAAGAAAUUGAUUAUGCUGCUAUUCUUCAAAGUUUAAUCUCCAGGUAUACAAAUGGCUCCGUCCAUAUAAUCCCUUCAAACUAUGAUGAUGUUGAGCAGUACCCUCCACUUCCUAAGCUAAAACAUGUGCCUAAUACGACUAUCCUAGAUGCUAGUGAAUUUUCGUCAUCUGUUAGACAGGCAUGUGGCUUAGGGAUUUCUCGGAUAAAAUUUCCAAAAACAAACUUUACUCAAAUGCUGUUAAAUCGAGAAAAGGGUAUGACAACUUACAACAACUUUUCCCACCCUAACAAAUGUAGAAUUGCCAAUGAAUUUUUACCAAAUGUCAUGAAGACUCUUGAAGCAUAUGCUGGAAAAGCAUUUUGUGGGACCUUCUCAAAAAAUGGCAACCAUUUUAUUACAGCAUCCCAAGAUCGACAAAUUCGCGUAUAUAAAUCUGAUGAUGAAUACUACAAACUUGUAAAUAAUAUCUAUGCGAGGGAUGUAGGGUGGAGUAUAAUAGACGUCGGUUUUAGUCCAGAUCAAGAACAUUUUGUCUAUUCCACUUGGUCUUCUUCUUUGCAUAUGUGCUCUAUAAAUGGGGAAUCUGAUAAACAAGAACAGCUAUGUCUUGUAAAGACUGGUAGAAGGUUUUGUGUAUUUUCAGUGCUGUUCUCAUCUGAUGGUACAGAAAUUUUGGGGGGUGCCAAUGAUGGUAGUUUGUAUAUUUAUGACAUGAUAAGGAAAGAAAGAACGCUAAGGAUAUGCGCACAUGAUUAUGAUGUGAACAGUGUAGCAUUUGCUGAUGAUACGUCUCAAAUUAUUUACAGCGGGGGUGACGACGGUUUGAUUAAAGUAUGGGAUAGAAGAACACUGAAUGAAGAAAACCCGACUCCGGUUGGUACUCUCGCUGGACAUAUGGACGGUAUAACUUUCAUAGAUUCGAAGGGUGACAGUAGACACCUUAUAUCUAACAGCAAGGAUCAAAGUAUCAAGCUAUGGGAUGUGAGGGUGUUUUCAGAUCCCAGGGCAGCUGACAAUACCUUAAGGGCAGUCCACGAUCAAACGUGGGAUUAUAGAUGGCAGGAAGUGCCGAAAAAAUUAUAUAGUAAUAAAAAUAAAAUCGAAGGUGAUACAUCUAUUAUGACAUACAAGGGUCACAUUGUUAUAAAAACCCUUGUAAGGUGCAGAUUCUCACCAAUGAGCACUACAGGCCAAAGGUAUAUAUAUACAGGAUGUGGAGGUGGUAGAGUUGUUGUUUAUGAUGCCUUAACAGGAAAAAUAAAGAGAGAUCUCAGUGGUCAUAAUGCAUGUGUAAGGGAUGUUUCUUGGCAUCCAUACCGAAAUGAAAUCCUUAGUUCUUCCUGGGAUGGUAUGGUAGGUUUGUGGACAUACAAAGGUUCAGUUCCGUACAUUGAAGCAGAAGAUUCAGAAGAUUCAUUUUCUUCAUCGAGUAGGCAUUCAGAGAGACCUCUGAGAAGAAGUUUACGUCUAGCAAUAAAGAAGCAUGUACAGGGUAAAGUUCAGCCAGAACAAUAACUCUCCGAAUGAAGAGUUUGUGCUGUGAUUUUUUAAACAUUAAUUAAUAUAUGCAUGUGAAAAAGUAAAUGUUAAAAAAAAACUCUUUAAAGUGACGGAGUUUCUUACUGGAUUUAUUAAAAAUGAUGUAAUUAACUAUUAUUACUGUAAUUGUGAGGUUUGUGAUAUGUAAUGAAACGUUUGACCGUAGUAUCAAUUGUAAAUAUAUAAUUUGGAAAUAUGCGCGUACUGCAUUGUUUGGUGAAAAGCUGUGUUAUAUUUUUUUUUGUUUUCUUUUAUUACCUUUAUUUUGAUUUGUUUAUUAUCGUUACUUUGUUCUGCGUUCUUAACAUUAUUGUAAAUUUAUUUUUUUGUAAAUCUAUCCCACGAAAUAAAUAUCAACUCGUUUUUGACAUUA